AUGAAGAGAUUGGGAGUUGAUCCACCAUGUGGAGUUUUGGAUCCAAAAGAAGCUGUUUUGUUGGCUGUUUCAUGUGAUGCUUUUGCCUAUGGACAAGAAGAUACCAAUAAUGAUCGUAUCACUGUUGAAUGGACAAAUACACCAGAUGGUGCUGCAAAACAAUUCAGACGUGAAUGGUUCCAAGGAGAUGGUAUGGUUCGUAGAAAGAAUUUGCCAAUUGAAUACAAUCCAUAA